AUGAGCAUCCUGCGAGAGCUCCAUGACAUGGCAAGCCAACAUGAAAUCAUUGCAGAAAACACACAGACACUCAUCAUCAAGGAAAUUCAGCAACUUAUUGUAGAAUUGAAGCAGGAAAGAAAAAAGGGUUUACAAGAAGGUACCAGAGUCCAUCAACAUUUAUUACUUUCCACACAGCAACUGGACAAGACAAAGAAACAAUAUGAAAGAGCAUUCAGAGAAGCUGAAAAAGCAUUGGAAGCUUACAGAAAAGCAGAUGCUGAUAUUAAUUUGUCUCGAGCAGAAGUAGAAAAGCAAAAAAACAUCUCCAUAUCCAAAACUCAGUUUUCAGAAGAUUGUAAGAAUGAUUAUGCAGCACAGCUGGAAAAUACAAACAAACAUCAAAGAGAUUAUUACUCCUCAUUAUUGCCAAAUGUGUUCCAGCAAUUACAAGACAUGGAUGAGAAAAGGAUAAGCAAGCAGAAACAUUUUUUAAAAAAUAUUGCAGAUACAGAGAAAAAAGUGUCCCCUAUUAUAAAUAAAUGUAUAGAAGGCAUGUAUAAGGCUGUGGAAUCUAUUAGUCCAGAAGAGGAUUCCAGGUUAGUAGUGGAACUCUACAAGUCUGGUUUUGCACAUCCAGUUGACCUCCCAUUUGAAGACCUCAGCUGCCCUAAUCAUGGUGACAAUAACUCCCAUGCUCCUGCACCACGAUCACAAUCAUCAACUGAUUUUAAAAAUCAGAACAAACCAGGAACAACAGCAGGCCGAACUAAAAAGAGAGGCGGACUCUUCUCAUUAUUUGGUUCUUCAAAGGUGGAUGAUCAGAAAGAAGAUUUUAGUGAUCUACCACCUAACCAAAGGAGAAAGAAACUUCAACAAAAAAUUGACCUUAUCAACAAAGAGAUUAGUAAAGAAACAGCAGAAAGAGAAGGAAUGUUGAAAAUGAAAGAUGUGUAUAUACAAAAUCCUGCUCUUGGGGAUGCUAGUAGCUUGGACAAGAAACUUGAAGAGAAUGCACAAAAGCUUGACAGAUUGAAUCAAGAAUUGAUUAAAUUUGAGAACUACAUGGCUGAUGCAGAAGGGAAGAUAGUAAGAAGACACAGUACUGCUAAUGAUUCAUUAUCCAACAGUCCAUCAGAAAGCAGUGUUCAGUCUAACUUAGGACCCUACAUAUCUGCACCUGGCACUCCCAUAGCACAUCACUAUGCGCACAGUACUUGCGGAGAAGACGGGGAAAAUGGGCCAAUAGCUGGGGGUGAAGGAGAAUUAGAUGAUGUUCCAGAUGGAGAGGGAGAACUUGAAUAUGCUGACCAGGAGACCCCUGAAGAAGAAUUUGAUGAUUUCCCUGUGAUUGGGACUUGUCGUGCCCUUUAUCAAUUUGAAGCUAUGAACGAAGGUUCAAUAUCCAUGGAAGAGAAUGAGGAAAUGGUUGUUCUCGAGCAGGACCAAGGAGAUGGUUGGACCCGCGUUCGCAAGGCUAAUGGCCUUGAUGGUUUCGUUCCGAGUUCUUACAUUCAGUGUACAUUGUAUGAUCCACUCUAG